AUCUCAUCUCAUUCCACCAAAACCAUACCAUACUGUAAUUUUUACCAACUCUCUCUCUCUCUCCCUUCAUUUUCAGCACUGUCAUACUCAUCAUACAUUGCAUUUCCAGCCACCAAAUAUCCCCUCCCUCCAAACACCCACCAUGUUAUUUUGGCUGUUUUCUUAGCUUUUCCUUUACCAGGCAUAUUCCUAUUCCCCUUUCCUUUACCCAUUACAAUGCUUGCUCUUUUGCAAUGACGAACGACCUUCCUUUCUCCACUUUUGACCCACAUUGUCAUUUUUGUGUGUGUGGCCAUUGUUCUUCAUUCCUCAGUUGCUCAUAGAAAAUGCACUGCUAACAGCCAAGAUUGAGUGGUGUACUGAUGUACAGUGCUGUUUCAGCAAAUCUAACUGCUGUUAAAGCAUAACAAAAUUAUAAAUCCUUGUAAAGUUUUGAUUUUUGGCUAUAGCUUCUGGUUAAGAAAACUAUGGAAGAGACAUUUGUUCCGUUUCGUGGAAUUAAAAAUGAUCUUCAAGGGAGAUUGAUGUGUUACAAGCAAGACUGGAUUGGUGGUCUCACGGCAGGGUUCAGGAUAUUAGCCCCUACUACAUAUAUAUUCUUUGCAUCAGCAAUUCCUGUUAUUUCAUUUGGAGAACAGUUGGAAAGAGACACGGGUACAUUACUUGUUUACUCAUACCGCAUACUUGGGUUUUAUCCAUAUGGAGUACUUACUGCAGUGCAAACAUUAGCAUCUACUGCGUUGUGUGGAAUUAUACACUCUAUUAUUGGAGGCCAGCCUUUGCUGAUUCUUGGAGUAGCAGAACCAACCGUAAUUAUGUAUACAUUUAUGUUUAACUUUGCGAAAAGUAGACCAGAAUUGGGUUCGAAACUCUUUCUAGCAUGGACUGGAUGGGUAUGCAUGUGGACUGCCAUCUUGUUGUUCCUACUGGCUAUCUUAGGAGCUUGUUCCAUCAUCAACAGGUUCACUCGCCUAGCGGGGGAACUGUUUGGCCUUCUUAUUGCAAUGCUUUUCAUGCAAGAGGCUGUUAGAGGACUCAUCCAUGAGUUUCACAUACCUGAGAGGGCAAACCUAACAUCACCCGAGUUUCAAUCUUCAUGGAGAUUUGGAAAUGGCAUGUUUUCUUUGGUUCUGUCCUUUGGCCUCCUACAUACAGCAUUGAGAAGCCGAAAAGCAAGGUCUUGGCGAUAUGGAUCAGGAUGUUUACGAGGCUUCAUAGCAGAUUAUGGUGUACCAUUGAUGGUUCUAUUGUGGACUGCCGUUUCUUAUAUUCCAGCUGGAAGUAUUCCAAAAGGAAUCCCUAGGCGUCUCUUCAGUCCAAAUCCAUGGUCCUCUGGUGCCUUUGAAAACUGGACCGUCAUAAAGGACAUGCUGAAUGUGCCAGUUCUCUAUAUUAUUGGAGCCUUUAUUCCAGCAACAAUGAUUGCUGUGCUUUAUUAUUUUGACCAUAGUGUGGCAUCUCAGCUUGCUCAGCAGAAAGAGUUCAACUUAAGAAAGCCCCCUUCCUUCCAUUAUGAUUUGCUUCUAUUGGGAUUCAUGGUUAUAAUAUGCGGUCUAAUUGGAAUUCCCCCGUCAAAUGGUGUCAUUCCACAAUCUCCAAUGCAUACCAAAAGUUUAGCUACAUUGAAGCACCAGUUACUUAGAAACCGGCUUGUUGCAACAGCACGAAGUUCUAUGAAAAAGCUAGAAAGCUUGGGACAAGUAUAUGGAGGUAUGCAAGAUGCUUACUGGAAGAUGCAGACCCCUUUAGUUCACCAGGAACCUUCCUCGCAGGGACUUAAAGAGUUGAAAGAGUCAACUAUUCAAUUGGCAUCAAGCAUGGGGAGUAUAAAUGCUCCAGUUGAUGAGUCAGUAUUUGACAUUGAGAAGGAAAUUGAUGACUUAUUGCCUGUUGAGGUCAAAGAACAGCGUGUGAGCAACCUGCUGCAAUCUUUGAUGGUAGGAGGAUGUGUUGCAGCAAUGCCUUUCCUGAAAAAGAUUCCAACUUCUGUACUCUGGGGAUAUUUUGCUUUCAUGGCCAUUGAAAACUUACCUGGCAACCAGUUUUGGGAACGGAUUUUAUUAAUUUUCACUGCUCCAAGCAGAAGAUACAAAGUCUUGGAGGAGUGCCAUGCAACUUAUGUGGAAACUGUACCAUUCAAGACAAUUGCAGUAUUCACAGCCUUCCAGACUGCUUACUUGCUUGUUUGUUUUGGUAUCACUUGGGUUCCAACAGCUGGGGUUCUAUUCCCAUUGAUGAUCAUGCUUCUGGUUCCUGUGAGGCAAUACAUUCUGCCCAAGUUUUUUAAAGGAGCACACCUUCAAGAUUUAGAUGCUGCAGAAUAUGAAGAAGUACCUGCUUUACCAUUCAACUUAGUGACUGAAGGGGACUUGAGCAGGACAGCUUCCUUUGCAGAUGAUGGAGAGGUUUUAGAUGGAAUAAUUACUCGAAGCCGGGGUGAGGUUAGACGUGUUUGCAGUCCAAAGGUGAUGAAAUCCACUCCAAACCUAUCCCAAGAGUUAACAAGUCCAAGGCUCACAGAUAAAGUAUACAGCCCUCGGAUAAGCCAUCUCAGAGGAAAUCAAAGCCCUCGAGGUGUUGGGAGAGGAUCAUUUAGCCCUGCAGAAGUUAGGCCAUCCAAUUUGAGGAAAGGUGGUUGAACACUGAUACAUCCUUUUAUUAGUACUUAUGCCUAUAAUACAAGGAUUGCCAACAAAGGUGGCAUGCCCCUCACUCAUUUUAACCUCUGAUUCUUCACAAAGGUAAUUGCUACAAUAUGAAUUUUUAGUGCAUGGACUUGUAACAAGAUUGGUUAAUGUCUAUGAUUAAAAAAAAGAAAAAGUUGUUAGAACAGUUUGUCUAUGAUUUGUUUGGUAAUGCAAUUAUGGAGGUAUUGAAAUGUUGCCAUCUUA